AUGUACAGACAGUAUUAUUUAAAUAUUACCAAUGAUGAUGGACUGAGUAAUAGUUUACAGUUUCAACUUAUAUCUGAGACUGUCCCUGAUAGUCCACAAGGCAUAACUUUAAUAAGUAAGACUACAGAUACAAUUUGUAUUGAAUGGACACCAGGAUUUAAUGGUGGAGCAUUAUGGAGUUUUAUAGUUCAACAUUCUACUGAUGAUAAAACAUGGGUCAAUUCGUCCACAAUUCCAGAUGGUAGCAAUAAUGGUCGAGUUGACUAUUGUAUAGAAGGAUUAGAACCAGAUACUAGUUAUUAUAUAAGAGUGAUAGCUAGUAAUAAAUAUGGUGAAAGUCUAAUCAGUACCUUGUUCGAAAGAGGACACCCAAAAACAGCACCGAGACAAGGGUCUGGAUUUACUAAUGAUUACAACAGUGGAUAUAACAGUGGAAUUGGUGCUGGUAUUGGAAUAGGAUUAAGUUUAGCUAUAGCUCUAGUAGUGAUGGUUAUUAUGUCAAUAUAUAUCUACAGAUAUUGGACAGGGAAAAGACAAAAAUCUGACCAAACGUAUGACAGUUUUAAUACGAGAACAAGGGCUGAUGAUACUCAAACUUACCAAGAACUGGACACAAUACCUAAUACAAACUCACCACAAACUAACGACAUGGUACACUAUAACAAUACAGAAGUGAAUCAGAGGAGAAGAGGUGAAUAUGUUACACCAUAUUAUGCUAAUCUGAGGUCACAAACUAGAGAUGAUACUCAAACUUACCAAGAACUGGACACAAUACCUAAUACAAACUCACCACAAACUAACUACAUGGUACACUAUAACAAUACAGAAGCGAAUCAUAGGAGAAGAGAUGAAUAUGUUACACCAUAUUAUGCUAAUCUGAGGUCACAAACUAGAGACAAAGCAUGUUGUGAAAAUGUUGGUAAAAGUUGGACAAAUGUUCAUAGUAUCAACAAACCUAAAGACCAGGUUGUCUAG